ACGUACUCAUUUGAACAUUUUCACCAUCACAAAAUGGCGACCAAGUUAAGGGUACUUGUUGGUUGUAAACGUGUCAUAGAUUAUGCUGUUAAGAUUCGAGUAAAGCCUGACAAAACUGGUGUUGUAACUGAUGGAGUGAAACAUAGUAUGAAUCCUUUCGACGAAAUAGCUGUGGAAGAGGCUGUUCGUAUGAAAGAAAAAGGAAUCGCUGACGAAAUUCUUGCUUUGACUUGUGGACCACCAAAAUCUGAGGAAACAUUGAGAACUGCUCUUGCUAUGGGCAUGGAUAGGGCAAUCCAUGUUUUGACUGAUGAAAAAGAUUCCCCAACAGUUGAACCACUUGCUGUGGCAAAGAUAUUUGCAAAAAUUGCUGAGGAGGAAAAGCCUGAUAUAAUUUUACUUGGAAAACAAGCAAUUGAUGAUGAUUGCAAUCAAACUGCACAAAUUUUAUCAACUCUUUUAAGAUGGUCACAAGCAACAUUUGCAUCAGAAAUAGAAAUUAAAGAUGGAAGCUUAAAAGUAACACGUGAAAUAGAUGGUGGAUUAGAAAAUAUAUCUGUGAAAUUACCAGCAGUUAUUUCAGCUGACUUAAGACUGAAUGAACCAAGAUAUGCAACUUUACCCAAUAUUAUGAAAGCAAAAAAGAAGAAAAUUGACAAGAAGAAACCUGGGGAUCUAGGGAUUGAUAUCUCAUCAAGGAUAGAAACGUUAUCUGUUGAGGAUCCUCCAGUACGAGAAGCUGGUAUCAAAGUUGAAAGUGUUGAUGAUUUAGUUGAGAAAUUAAAAGAACAUGGAUUUACUUCAUGAUGUUUCUAGUUAUUUAUACAAUAUUAUUAUUUUGUUGCAUUUAUUUGUUUUAUUUUAACAAAUAAAUUUGACAAAUUUUUUUACUGACAAAAAGCUGGUGAUGUAAUAACUUUGGUCUUGUCUUGAGAAAAUUAAUAAAAUAUUCCAUUGAGAA